CUAGUCCCGAUGGGGCAAGCCGCACGGUAUCUCCAAGAACUGGGAACAGAGGAGCGAGAGAAAGUAUAAAUAGGUGAGCCCCAGAUGCAGAGGGACAGGCCGGUUGUGCAGGAGUGGAGAAGGGCACUUUCGCACUCAAAGCAGACCAGGCGCAGGGCACAGCAGAGAAAAAGGAGACGAAAAGAUAGGACGGAGACGCAGAGAGAGGUAGUGUGUGCGCUUGCCGGUCCGAUCCAGUGUGGAGCUGUGGAGCUGAAGCGCAGCGCUUAGCGACGCUGCCACCAAGCCGGCUCCCACUGCCCAGCUCCCUCGCUGCCCAUUCUGGGGUAGUGAGAGCUCCCAGAGCCCCGUUUGCCUCGGAAUCAAGCUUGAGGUUUGGCCACUGCCAGGGAGAUACUUCCCCAGAAUGAAAGGGAAAACUGGAAAAGCUGGAAAGCAUCCCUCUUUUCUCAAGAUGGUGCUGGCAGUCAGCUGGCUUGGAUUUGCCUUCUUCACUCCUGCUAUAUUCCCAGGAGCAUUAGCAGAAUGUCCUGACCAUAGCCCCGACUUACAUCCCUGGGCCCCUGGCCAUGAUGAAGAUCAUCGUGUUCACAUUGGCAAGGGCAGAAGGCUUCUGCUCACAUCCUCAGCCACGGUCCAUUCUAUCCACAUUACAGAUGGAGGAAAACUGGUUAUUAAGGAUAACACCGAGCCAAUUGUUUUGCGGACUCGACAUAUACUUAUUGAGAAUGGUGGAGAAAUGCAUGUAGGGAGUGAGACUUGCCUUUUCCAGAGUAAUUUCAGCAUCGUCUUGUUUGGAAGAGCUGAUGAUGGCAGUGAGCCUGACUAUUACUAUGGACUAAAAUACAUUGGAGUUGGCCAAGGUGGCACUCUGGAAAUGCAUGGGCAAAAGAAGCUCUCCUGGACUUUUUUGAAUAAGACCCUCCAUCCAGGAGGGAUGAGUGAAGGGGGUUACUACUUUGAAAGGAGCUGGGGCCAUCGUGGUGUCAUUGUCCAUGUCAUUAAUCCCAAACUCGGUGCUGUCAUUCAUUCGGACAGGUUUGAUACUUACAAAUCCAAGAAAGAGAGUGAGCGCCUGGCACAGUAUUUGAACACAGUGGCUGAUGGCAUGAUCCUUUCCGUGGCUGUGAAUGAUGAAGGAUCUCAAAACCUAGAUGACACAGCCAGGAAAGCCAUGACCAAACUGGGCAGCAAACAUUUCCUGCGCCUGGGAUUUAGGCAUCCUUGGAGCUUCCUCACUGUGAAGGGAGAGCCUUCAUCUUCUGUUGAAGACCACGUGGAAUAUCAUGGUCACCGAGGCUCGGCUGCAGCCAGAGUUUUUAAAUUAUUCCGCACUGAAAAUGGGGAACAUUUCAAUGUUUCUUCAUCCAGUGAGUGGGUGCAAGAUGUGGAGUGGACAGAGUGGUUUGACAAGCACGAAGUGACUCCAUCGAAAGGUGGGGAGAAAAUUUCAGACCUCAGGGCAGCUCAUCCAGGAAAAAUUUGUAUUCGUCCCAUUGACAUCCAGGCCACUACAGUGGAUGGAAUUAAGUUAACCACAGAGGUUGUCUACAAAAGUGGCCAGGAUUACAGGUUUGUGUGCUACAGUAAGAACAAGGCCUGUCAGAAUUACCGAGUGAGGUUCCUAUGCGGUAAAUCCGUGAGGCCCAAACUCACCGUCACCAUCGACACCAAUGUGAACAGCACAAUUCUGAGGCUAACAGAUAACAUUCAGUCAUGGAAAACUGGAGACACUUUGGUCAUUGCUAGCACAGACUACUCCAUGUACCAAGCCGAGGAAUUCCAGAUACUGCCCUGCAAAACCUGCACAGCCUAUGAGGUCAAAGUGGCAGGAAAACCAAUGUAUCUUCAUAUUGGGGAAGAAAUAGAUGGUGUGGACAUGAGAGCUGAAGUGGGACUCCUGAGCCGAAACAUUCUGAUCAUGGGAGAGACAGAGAGAAAAUGCUAUCCCUAUAAAAACCAGAUCUGCAACUUCUUUGAUUUUGAUACCUUUGGUGGGCAUAUCAAGUUUGGACCUGGGUUUAAGGCAGUUCAUCUCGAAGGUAUUGAACUGAAACAUAUGGGUCAGCAGAUCAUGGGGCAGUAUCCAAUCCACUUCCACCUGGUUGGUGAUGUAGAUGAGAAAGGAGGCUACGACCCACCAACUUACGUGAAAGACCUCUCCAUCCACCAUACAUUCUCCCGCUGUGUCACGGUCCAUGGUACCAAUGGCUUGUUGGUUAAGGAUGUUGUGGGAUAUGACUCCCUGGGCCACUGCUUCUUUACUGAAGAUGGACCUGAGGAACGGAACACCUUCGAUCAUUGCCUUGGACUGCUGGUCAAGGCUGGAACCCUCCUCCCCUCUGAUAGGGACAGCAGAAUGUGCAGGACGAUCACAGAGGAUUCCUACCCAGGAUACAUCCCCAAACCCAGGCAGGAUUGCAAUGCUGUGUCCACCUUCUGGAUGGCAAAUCCCAACAACAACCUUGUGAAUUGUGCUGCGGCAGGUUCUGAGGAGACUGGAUUUUGGUUUAUUUUUCACCACGUACCUACAGGUCCCUCAGAAGGAAUGUAUUCCCCAGGCUACUCAGAACACAUUCCAUUGGGAAAAUUCUUUAACAACCGGGCUCAUUCUAACUAUAGGGCUGGCAUGAUUAUUGACAAUGGAGUCAAAACCACAGAAGCGUCUGCCAAGGACAAGAGGCCUUUCCUUUCUAUCAUUUCUGCCAGAUACAGCCCACACAAGGAUGCUGACCCUCUGAAGCCCAGGGAACCCGCCAUCAUUAAGCACUUUACUGCUUACAAAAACCAGGAUCAUGGAGCAUGGCUCCGAGGAGGAGAUGUUUGGAUGGAGCACUGCCAGUUUGCUGACAAUGGGAUUGGCCUGACCUUAGCCAGUGGUGGAACAUUCCCUUAUGAUGACGGUUCAAAGCAAGAAAUAAAGAAUAGUUUGUUUGUUGGAGAGAGUGGCAACGUGGGAACGGAGAUGAUGGAUAACAGAAUUUGGGGACCUGGAGGGCUGGAUCACAGUGGAAGAACACUGCCGAUAGGCCAGAAUUUCCCAAUCCGAGGAAUUCAGUUCUAUGACGGCCCCAUCAACAUCCAAAACUGCACAUUCCGGAAAUUUGCAGCUCUGGACGGUCGGCAUACAAGUGCCCUGGCGUUUCGCCUCAAUAAUGCCUGGCAGAGUUGCCCCAAUAACAAUGUGUCGAAUAUUGUUUUUGAAGACGUCCCGAUUACUUCCAGAGUGUUCUUUGGGGAACCUGGGCCCUGGUUCAACUUGCUGAAUAUGGAUGGAGACAAGACAUCCGUGUUUCAUGAUGUCGAUGGCUCUGUAUCAGAAUAUCCUGGGUCCUACAUCAUUAAGGAAGACAACUGGCUGAUCAAGCAUCCUGAUUGUAUCGACGUCCCUGACUGGAGAGGUGCUAUCUGUAGUGGACGUUAUGCACAGAUCUACAUCCAGGCCUAUAAAACCAAUAACCUGGGAAUGAAAAUCAUCAAAAAUGACUACCAUGACCAUCCUCUCCACCUAGAGGGGGCUUUAACAAAAAGCACUCAUUACCAGCAGUACCAACCAGUCAUCACACUGAAGAAGGGCUAUACUAUCCACUGGAAUCAGACAGCACCUGCAGAAUUAACCAUCUGGCUCAUCAACUUCAAUAAGGGUGACUGGAUCCGGGUUGGAUUUUGCUACCCCAGGGGUACAACUUUUUCCCUGCUCUCAGAUGUCCAUAAUCGCCUCUUGAAGCGAACCUCUAAGACAGGCACCUUUGUGAGGACCAUGCAGAUGGAAAAAGUGGAACAGAGCUAUCCUGGCAGGAACCACUAUUACUGGGAUGAAGACACAGGACUGCUUUUCCUGAAACUGAAAGCUCAGAAUGAGAGAGAGAAGUUUGCCUUUUGCUCUGUGAGAGGCUGUGAGAGAAUCAAGAUUAAAGCAUUGAUCCCAAAGAACUCUGGCAUCAGUGAUUGUGAAGCCAGAGCUUAUCCAAAGUAUGCCGAGAAAGUUGUCGUGGAUGUACCAAUGCCAAAGAAACUUCUUGGUGCUCAGCUGAAAACAAAGGACCACUUUCUGGAGGUAAAGAUAGAAACCUCUAAAAGCAGAUUCUUUCAUCUUCUGAAUGACUUUGCAUACAUUGAAGUUGAUGGUAAAAAGUUUUCUCUCUCUGAAGAUGGCAUCCAAAUGAUUGUGAUUGAUGGGAACCAAGGGAAAAUUUUGGGCCGUGUUAGCUUCAGAAACACCAUUCUGCAAGGAAUUCCAGCACAGAUCCACAAUUAUGUGGAUGCUGUACCUGACAAUUCUAUAGUGCUGAUGGCAUCAAAGGGAAGAUAUGUUUCCAGAGGCCAAUGGACUAGAGUCCUAGAAAAGAUGGGAGCAGACAACGAUCUUAGAUUAAAAGAAAAAAUGGCUUUUGUGGGUUUCAAAGGCAGCUUCCGGCCAACGUGGGUAACUAUGAACACUGCCGAAGACAAAGCUAAAGUCUUUGAAGUGGUGCCUAUCCCUGUGGUGAAGAAGAAGAGGCUGUGAGACCAGCCUCCUAUCCGUGUUUGUGAUCCUGCUGUUAUCACUACCUGAGUGGACUGUUUUACUACUGACCCUCCUGAGAAUGAGACAAGCUGGUUUUCCCAGCUCUCUAGAGACGUGGCCUGUUCAGAAGCUGCAGGUGAUAGCCACGUCUUAUCACCAACCGACCAAGGGGGCCACUGGGAACAGAAACUCUUGGUGCUGCCCAUCUGGUGAGGUGGCUGGCUGCUGCUCCUUGGAAGAUGCUAAAUUAGUGCUGGAUAUACUUUCUGCCCUGAGAGACAACUGCAGUUUUACUGUGGCCUUCUUGUACAUUUUUACACAGUGUGCUCUCCCUCUCUUCCUAUCUAUGCCUCAUGAGGGUUUUGAAUUUUUUUUUUUAGUGGCAUAGGAGGGAGGUUCUGGAUCACCCUGACCUCAAAGAUCAAUUUUAGUCUUUACCUAAUGCAGGGAACCCCAACCCAAAUGGGAAAUUCCAAGAGGAGCUUUGUCAUAAUUCUCAAGGCUUAUAUGACUAAGAUAAUCCACCCCACUGAUCAUUAAUGUUCUCUAAUAGUAGCCCAAGGGUACUGGAUAUGUGAAAAACAGCCCUGAUACUAAGGGCAUUUUUCUUUCUUUCUCAGAAAAAAUUUUAGAGGACCAGUAGAUGGAGUUGCAAUAGCAUGAAAUGGGUAUAAUGAUGUGAUAUCUGUUUUCUGAUAUCAACAGCAGUUGGACAUAGUGAUGGCCACUACAAAGCCCCUCAAAUACCCAUCAUUCAGAUCAACCCAUGUUGGUACUCUAAAAUUGGGGGUUUUAUCCCAUGGUCUGCAGAAGAUGAUUUUUUAGGAGGGUAAACUUUUAUCCCUAGUAUUUACUCACUCUUAGUGGAAAACUCUGGUCUGGCUCUUCAUACCACAGGAAAGGUCACUUGGUAUAUGCUGAACAUCAUAAGUAAAGAAUAACCCUGGGUCUGCCCAUAGUAAGUAAUUGACCAGACCACUGAAGGUCAGGAAUCUAAAGUUCACCACCACUACUGACCCCAUGAGAUGGUGCUUUAGGCUUCCUAAAUUGGUGCCUUAGCUUUCUACGACUGGGGAUAUUCAAUAGGGAAACACCCUGUAAAACUACUGAAUGCUUUGUAUAAUAGGAAGCUUCAAAUUUUAUAGCUAGAAAGGACUAUAAAGACUGUUUAAUCCAAUCCCCUCAUUUUAAAAAUGUUUAAAAAAGAGGGGGUAGCAGAGAGGAGAAGUCACUUGUUCAAGGUCACUCAGCUAGUUAGUGGCAGAGCUGGGACUAGAACUCAGAUCUGUCCUCUCCACUGCACCACAUUGCCUCAAACUUUAGUCCUGAGUGCUCUCAUGGACCUCUGGAAUGGCUCCUCACAAUCGUGGAAUGAUUUAAAAUGUCCUUUGAAACAGAAACACUAACCAGGCCAGGCCAAUGAUGAAGCACCAGUCAUUUCCACCCCCAAACCUGAUACCAAACAAUUGUUAUUGGUUUCUGAAAUGGCUUUUACCUUUCCUCUUUACCUACUCUGCUUCAGAUGCCAUAUUCUGUUCUGGGAUUCACCUGGUGCUUCCAGAGGCUCUGGAUAUGUAGGUUCAAGAAGGAAAGAUUCUUUAGGGCAACGGUGUCAAAUACAGAUAGAAAGAUCCUUGCCAGCCCACCUGUGUUGACUUACAAAACCACAAAUUAACAUAUCUAUCUUGUGUUGCAUUUUUAUUUAUUUUGUUAAACAUUUCCCAAUUACAUUUUAAUCUGGUAUGGGCCGGGCUGUAGGCUGGAGUUGUGAUUUUGACACCUCUGCUUUGGGGCAUUCCUCUGGGACCAAACAUAUCUAUAAGCCAUUUGGUUAUACCUGGGCUUUUCAAAGGACUGGUGGGCCACGUCUUAAACACCUGUUGUCUCCCCCUGCUGGCCUUCCUCCCACUUUUCAUCCUAAUUGCUUUCUUUAUUAAAAAAAAAGCCUUGGAAUGAGCCUCUUGAAGGAAAGGCUCAGCUGUGGUUAAAACUGUCCUUAUCACUAAGUUCUGUAUGUGUGGGCACAAGAACUCUCAAUAUUCUUCUUUUUCUCUAAAUCUUGAUUUGGUUUGGGCUUUUUGCCUCCCCCUCCAAACCACACCCUACUCCUUUCAAAGAGAGCUAGUCACACCCUUGUAUAAAUUGUACUUCUUAGACUACAAUAGUGAGUCACCUCCCCAAGAAUAUGUCAACCAUUUGGGGUCACACAAUCAAAUCUCAACCAUUGCUACAACCCACUAGUCCAUUCUAACCCAGAAAGAAGUAAUCAUAUGCAUGGCUGCUUCUUUCUUAACAAUACCAAGUUCUCAGGGUAAAGUCUUACAUGUCUUUGAAACUUUUUUUUUUGGGAGGGGGAAGAUAAAGGGUGGCCAAACCCCAUUUAAAAGCAUUGGACUUUUGUUAUUCCUCCACAAUUUCACUUUCUUUGUUUUCCAGAUUUUUUUAAAAGGGUCUCCCACUGUGAAUCCCUUGGGAUGUGAUCCCUAUAAGGCAGCCAGAAAUUAUAAAUAGCUUCAUAAAGCAUAUAUCAGUCUUUUCGAGAAUAGAUGUUUGGGAAUACAGUGAGUUGCAUGUAUGUAGCACCUAGGUAACUAACUAAUGGAUGAUCUGUGCAUUUGUUUGUUUGUCUAAAAUAGCACAAAUGACUCAUAAAGACCAGAUAUCUGGGCAUCUUCUUCAUAGUACUCAUAUUUUAUUCCUAAUUUCUUAGAAAGGGCCUCCCCCUUCCAUCUACAUUGGUAAGGUAUUAGACUUACAACAUAUUAGAUUUUUGCUUUGUUUCCUUCAAACAAAUCUUCUAAAACCCUUGUCUCUUUCAUGUUGCCCGAAAUAGCUGGUCCUUUUUCGGAAGUAGAUGUAUAAUUUUUGUAUGUAAACAUUUCUUAUAGAUGUCACAAGGAGAAAGAUAUAUUUUCUAUUUAUUUAUUAUAAAGGCACUACUAGAAGUCAUUUUCAGAAAUGAAGAGUUGUAUUAAAUUUUGUGUCACUCACAUUCAGACAGAUGAAUACAUAUUUGAAAGUUCCCCCGGACCAUAGUACAUGAACCCAUUUGAAGACUUCAUUGUUCUAAAAAUGGUAGGUUACAAGAAAAUUACCCUGUUAUUGUUUGGAAUAAUUGUUGCAUAAUAAAUAUUCAAAUUCAUAUCA